UCCCAGCCGUCUCUGCGCUCUCAGAUGGCAAGAUGGUGUCUCGCAGGAAGAAACAGAAGGCUGGCGGCCACGAGGAGAGCAUACCGAGCCCACCGGGGUAUUCAGCUGUUCCAGUCAAGUUCUCAGCAAAGCAGCAGGCUCCUCAUUACCUCUACAUGAGACAGCAUCGAGUUCGCCAAGGCACCCAGUCCACAUGGCCCCCCAAUCGGACCCUUUUUAUCCUCAAUGUGCCCCCAUACUGCACACAGGAGAGCCUGUCUCGGUGCCUCUCUUCCUGCGGCACCAUCAAGACAGUGGAGCUGCAGGAGAAGCCUGACCUUGCCGAGAGCCCCAAGGAGCCACAGUCACGGUUCUUCCAUCCCAAGCCGGUGCCGGGCUUUCAGGUAGCUUAUGUGGUGUUCCAGAAGCCAAGCGGAGUGUCGGCUGCCUUGAAACUGAAGGGCCCAUUGCUAGUUUCUACAGAGAGCCACCUUAUGAAGAGCGGAAUUCACAAAUGGAUCAGCGACUAUGAGGAUUCCGUGCUGGACCCUGAGGCCCUGAGAAUGGAAGUAGACGCAUUCAUGGAGGCCUAUGACAAGAAGAUAGCUGAGGAGGAGGCUAAGGCCAAGGAGGAGGAGGGAGUGCCUGAUGAGGAGGGCUGGGUGAAGGUCACCCGCCGGGGCCGCAGGCCUGUGCUCCCUCGGACGGAAGCGGCCAGCCUGCGUGUUCUCGAGAAGGAGAAACGGAAGCGUGCCCGCAAGGAGCUGCUCAACUUCUAUGCCUGGCAGCACCGAGAGACCAAGAUGGAGCACCUGGCACAGCUGCGAAAGAAGUUUGAGGAGGACAAGCAGAGGAUUGAACUGAUGCGGGCCCAGCGUAAAUUCCGACCCUACUGAGCCGUUCUGACAAGCAGGUAGCAGGCCAGGAAGUAGCUAUUCCCACAGUUCCAUCUCUGCACCCAUGUAAGGCAGCCUUGGAGGAGAAUUUGGCCUUCACAGAGCUGCCUCUGCCCUCUCCUGCCUGUAAAGACACUCCCAGGACACCUGGCUCACCAUCUGGCAAGCUUGCCCUCUAUGAAGCCCCUCCUGCCAACAGCCGCUUGGAACGCAGUGAAGACGGGAGAUUUUAUUUCCACCACUGCUGGCAAGGCCAGGCUGCAGAAGCCCAGAGGGUCGGCCCCAGCCCAGCUUCCUUAGCAUCACCACAGCUCACCAAACACGCCAGGCCCCUUGUCAGCGUCACAAAUAAGACCAGAAUCUUCUUUUCCCUGCCCCAGCUCUGCUGCUUUUCUUGGUCUGCAAGACUCCCGCCCACUCCACCUGGACGAGAAUGCUGGAGAUCCAGUAGAAGCUGGAAAGUGUGCACAGAAUCCCAGACCAGAGCUACAGCCUGGAAGAGGGUGUCCUCGGAAGGCCCUGUAGGAAGGGACUGAUGACUUCG